UCCUACGAUGCACAGAAACGUCAAGUGGGAGCAUUUCCCCAUUUUGGAAACAUUUCCCUGCCGAAAACACGAGAACACGCCACGGAAACGUCUCCGGGCAGUGUCUAUAAUUUCAAGAAAUUGAAAACGCGUUUCCUUGCCGAAAACGCAUUUCUUUAAAAAAUAAUAAUAAUAAUAAUAAUAAACCUAAAUUCAAAUCGCGCCGUGUCACAAGGAUAUGCAAUACUUAGGUUAAAACAGGGCAAAUCACGCUGAAAAGAAGGAAAAGAAGAGGAAGAAGAAGAAGAAGAAAAGGAGGAGGAGUACCUGGUGGCUGGCAGGGUAGCGACACGACAACUGGAGGAGCAAUGACAGAGGGUGACUUGGUUCAGGUGUUGGAGUUGGUGAGUUGCCCAGUCUCGGCGGCGCUGGUGGUGGAGUUGGUGGAUUUGGAGGACUGGGUGGUGCAUUUGGGCUUGGUGGAGAAGGUGGCUUGGGUAGUGACACCAGAAGCGGUGGAGCUCUUGGUGGAGGCGUUGGCGGACUUGGUGGAGGCGUUGGCGGUGGUCAAGGGGGUUGUGCUGAUGGUGGUGCUGGCUCUCUCCUUCACCUUUGAUUUCGAUUCAGGAGGUUUCUGUUCGCUAUGCUACUUCCAUUAUGGGGUCGAGCAGUUAUGUUGGUUAUUUGCGGUUGUCUUCCUUGUUAAGAGCUAGGUGUGCUAUCUUUUUAGUGGGCUUUUGACAAAAAAGGUGUAAUCGAAAACAAAAUAAUACCAAAAAAAUGUGAGUUUAAAA